CACUGGUGACGUAGAUCUCAUGUGACCAGGAGUCGACGUGUGCAGAAGUCCUGCUAGUCUGGUCCUUGUUCCCGUCUGGGUACCAGCUCCCUUCAGCAGUGCAGGCGGCAGCGCCGGAGGCCAGCGGAAGGACUCAACUUGCUGGAAUUUUGCAGGUCUGUUAGAACCUUCCGAGGCCAUAAAAGUAGGAGAAAGAAGCAGACCGGAUCAAUACCAGAAGUAAUUGCAUUCAAAGAGGAAUAAGCAGGAAAGAAGAAAGAGAGGCAUAAGAUGAAACCCUGUCAGAAAACUGAAGAAAAACCAGACAAUGAGAAUGAACCAAAGCUGGAGGAAGAGCCAAAGCCUGAGGAAAAGCCAGAGGAAGAGGAAGAACCAGAGGAGGAGGAAAACGCAGAAGAAACUUUUAGAGAAAGGCUGAUUCAAUCUCUCCAGGAUUUUAAAGAAGAUAUACAUAACAGGCAUUUGAGCAAUGAGGAUAUGUUUAGGGAAGUGGAUGAAAUAGAUGAGAUAAGGAGAGUAAGAAACAAACUUAUAGUGAUGCGUUGGAAGGUCAAUAGAAACCAUCCUUACCCUUAUUUGAUGUAGUUUACCUUGAUUUCUGUUUUAUCUGACAUUAACAUUGCUAUGUAGCUUUCGUUUUAUUAGCAUUUUUCCUGAUAUAUCUUUGCCCAUCUUUCUACUUUUAACCAGUUGCUAUUAGUGGUUUUAGAUAUAGCUCUUGUUAUCUGCAUCUCAUUGUUUAUUGUAUUUUGAACCUAUCUACAAGUCUCUGUCUUUGAAUAAGAGAGAUUUACUCACUGUAAAAAAGAAGUUCCUGUUAGCAUAUAAAAUGGGGGGAAAAGGUUAUUAAAUAAUAUGUGAAUAUCAUAUUUUUGAAUAAGGUAAAAGUACAUUUGUAUAUUACAUAUAUGCUCAUUAAAACUUGGGAAGAAUAAGAGACAAAAAGUUAAGGCAAGCUGGGCAUGGUGGCACAGGCCUAUAAUCCUAGCAAUUUGUGAGGCUGCGGCAGGAGAGGAGGACCACAAAUUCAACACCAGCUUCUGCAACUUAGCAAGAUCCUGGCCAUAAAAUAAAAAAGGCUGGGGAUGUAGCUUAGUGGAGAAUUGAACUCCUUUGUUCAAUUCUCAGUGCUGCCAAAAAAAAAAAAAGUUCAGUUUCAGUGAUGGGAUUAUGAAUACAAUCUUCUGCUUGUUUGUAUUUUCCAUAUUCCUAAAAUGAAUACACAUUAUUGUUGCUAAAAUAAUAAAAUUUUAUAACUAAAAAGCAGUAACCUAUAGCAUUUAUCUGUUUAUUUCUGAAAGUACUGAGGCACUUAUUAUUCGUUGACCAAAUAUUAGAAACAAAUGUGAACUUCAAAGUACCACCAGAUCACUUAGCUGAAACAUUAAAUUUUACAUCUUUUCUCAUCAGUAAAAUAACAAUCUCACAGGAAUCUCAUAGGAGCCAAAUUAGGUAAUUACUGAGAACAGUUUGACAGGGCUUUGUCUCCAUCUGCUCAUGCAGAAUCCAAACUCCCUAAGAUUUGUUUCAGCUACUUGAAAGGAUGGAGAGUAGUUUCUCACCUCUAUAAUGCCUUGUUUUUUGGGGGAGGGGUGCUCUUCAUGCCUCCAGAACAUACUUCAAGGUUACAACAGUCCUACAGAUGCUGGUGGGGUUAGAAUUAAAGGUGGAGUGAGAUAAAUUUCAGGGGCUCACUGUGCCAUUUUUAUAAGAAAAGGAAAAGGCAGCCACCUGUUGUUCAGAAGGGGAGUGAUCAGGUAGGAUGAGGAAGGGCUCCCCCAAGUCAUACUCCCCUCUAGGUGGGUGUGACUUUUCUUUCUCUGCCUCUGGGCUGUUUGCCAGGCUGUCCUAGACAGGUUUGUGUAGAGGAGGACAACAAUCUCCUUUGCAGGUCAGAGUUCUAAACUUCCUUUCCCCUUUUUCCUUCUCAGGAGGGGCUUGAAGGGAACUUUUUAUAAGGAUCAACAUAGUACUUCAAAAUUCACUAAUGAGAAACAUUAGUAGUGGGUAGUCUUUGUCCCAGACAUGACUGCUCUGGAUGUAAUCAGAUGAUUAGGGUUUAAAGUAGCAGGGCCUGAUGGUAGGGGAAGAUGAUUAUUGAUAGUACACAAAUAUUAUAAAUUGUAAUGUUCAUGUACUAAAUUGUUAAUAAAUGAUUUCAGUUUAAAGCAA